UCAGUAGCUGCAUGGGAUGCAGAUUUGACCGGUCUGCUCUCAGGGAUGGAAUGUCUCUCUCGGUAUAUUUCUGUGGUAAUAUUCGGGGCGGUCGGGAGGACCGGGCUCUGUAUGAGCGGAUCGUCCAGGUGUUGCAGCGCUACGGAACCGUGCUGACCGAGCACAUUGAGAGCUCUGAAGCCGGGGAAGACGCUUCCGAGAAAGGAGACAAAUUCAUCCAUGACAGAGAUGUGGAGCGACUUAAAAAGGCCGAUGUGGUAGUGGUGGAAGUGACCCAGCCGACCUUCUAUGUCGGCUAUGAGCUGGGCCGGGCUUUGGCAUUGAAUAAAAAAAUCUUGUGCCUAUUCAGACCAUCCUGUGGACGAGAACUGUCUGCAAUGAUUCGGGGCGCCCACGAUAGACAAUUGGUCCUCGUUAAGGACUACGAGGCGGAGGAAAUGGAAGGAAUCCUCGCAGACUACUUUACGGUCACUUUCCCGUCAUUGUAACUCAAAAAAAAUUGUGUGAUGUAAUAAAAGUUUAUUUUUUCGGGCUUUUCUUUUUAUUUAU